AUGACCCGUCCCAGGGCCAGCGAAGGCUACGCGGCAGCCUUUACCGCCGAUCACUCACAAUUCCUAUGCCUUCUCCCCACGACGGCAGCCAGCGUCUUCGUCUUCUAUUGCUCAGUCGCGACCGUUCGAUUCUCUGGCGACUUUUAUCAACUUAUCGUCGACAACCGACCGAGUGUACAAUUCGCAGUGCAGAUCUUGGCCAACGCGCUGUCGUUUCUCCAGGCGUUGGUGCUCUGUCGGGUGAUCAACUUUACCGUCAGACGCUACUUUGCCCACGAGGCCAUGAGUCUAGAUUCGCUGCGCUUAUGGAUUGAUUUGAUCGCACUCAGGAUGAACUGGGGACUCCCGUGCAAGUUCUGGCUGCCACUUGGGCUGUUCAUGUUGGCAACCAUGGCGCUCAAGGGUAUAUGGGCAGCAGCACUGACACCCGUGGAGGUUUGGAAAGCCACCCACGGCGAAGUCUUCGUUCCUUCUUGGGAGAACGUAACCCACGUCAAAGAGUAUCCCUCCGAAGUUGGCCGUGAGGGUCCGACGAUACAGACCUCCCAAGGGAGAUUUUCCUACUCAGUCGGUACGCAGAUCAGAGGCCACCUUCUCAUGAGCGCCACUUCGGCCACUACAACCGAUGGAGGAAGCAGGGAACACCGGAAAAUUGACAACUCGAGAUACACCUAUAUCGGGCGUUCUUAUGGACUGGGGACCUCUGCUGGGCUCCUCGACCGGAACCUCGAGGAAGAUCGCCUCGCAAUAUCGUACAAGUAUCAAGAAGACGGAUAUACAACCGACGUCAAAUGCAUCCACAACGAAACAAGCAACUUCUGGAUCGGCAGUACGGCUUUCGACUGGUUAUGGGCCGCGCAGGGCGAACUUCCUGACAGCGACGAUGGCAGAGAGUACUCGGACUACAUUGGCCACCGCGGCACCAACAUUGUAGCUCUUGGGGUCGCUCACUUUGCUGAUGUUGAUGCAGAGAAGUUACCGCUUCGCAAAUAUUUGGCGUUCUCUACGGGGGAAAGCUACAAGAUGCUCGAUAAACUUCAAUGUGAAGUGGACUUUACGCCUGCGAGGUUCAACGUGACAGUCAACAAGCUCGGACGCAACAUUACCGUGGUCCCAACGGAAGGAAAGGAUGUCGAGGACAUUGAACCAAGUCGACGUCUGAAAGGCACAGUACUCAGACAAUUUGCGCUCAUUUCAAACGACGAGACAAAUCUGUACGUGUCAGUGGUUGGCCAGGCUUUGAAUGCCUCGAUCACGGACCUGUACACGUACUAUGCGAGCAGGGGCAAUGACAAGAAAACCCCGAGCGACGAAGAAAUGGUUCGCAAAGGCGUGGAGAACUCGAUCAAGGCUGUCUGUGACGAUAUGCUGGGUGCGUACGGGUCUGCUCAACUUGUCCUCAGCGAUUUGAAGAGUACAACACCAGCAGAGGUCAGAAAAGCGGCAAUUGCAAUAGGCGAAAUAAGGUUUGCCGCUGCUACGUUUGCCAUUAAUACAGCGAUCAUCUUGGCGUUCAUCAUCGAAGCAGUCCGCACAAGCUGGUGGAAAGGUCUGCCAUCUUUUGAUAUUGGAGAUAUCAGGCAGCUCAUUGUGGCCUCGUCGAAUGGCGGACCAGGGCUGGGACGAGCAGCCUCGCAGAGAAAGGGGAAUAAAAUGGGUCAGCUACGUGUAAGGCUUGCCAGGUCCGACGAGGGUCUCCUAGGGCUGCUGGGGGACGAGCAAGGGGAAUGUGAUGAGAGCAGUCCUAUCAUGGAAAAGAAGAGCUCUUCCACAACGAUAGAUGUUGUACACUAUGGCAGAAGCGGCUGGGGGCCGGGCUGGAUAUAG